AUGCAGUCCACAACUCUCCUUCUUCUCGUUGCCUCCCUGGCAGGCGCCCAAACCAACACCAACCUUCAGACCGUCUUCCCAACGGCGACUAAGACGACUGCCCUGUCCGCGGCGAAGACAAUCGCCGCUGGCCAGACGUUCGAUGGUCAAAUGCUCCAGUGGGACCGCAGCCCAUCGACCUGCAAUGGCCAGUCCGAGGGCGGUGAGAAAGACGCCCUGUUCAUUCUGGAGGACGGUGCAACACUUAGCAACGUAAUUGUUGGGCCGAAUAAUGGUGAGGGCAUUUAUUGCAAGGGAACAUGCACCCUGAACAACAUGUUAGUCUCCCCGCGCGUCCCCCUCCCCUCUAUUUCCACGAUCUUCAUAUAUUGGAGGAUAUUAACAAACAACAACAGCUGGUGGACCGACGUUUGCGAGGAUGCAGCCACCUUCUUCCAGAAGUCGGGCACCUCCUAUGUGAACGGCGGUGGCGCCCGCAACGCCGACGACAAAGUCUUCCAGCACAACGGCGGCGGCACGGUCAAGGUUAAGAACUUCUUUGCCAGCAACAUUGGCAAGCUAUACCGGUCUUGUGGUAACUGCAAGACGCAGUACCAGCGGCACUCGACGUUUGAGAAUAUCCGCGUGGUCGACAAGGCAAGCGUUGUGGCCGGAGUCAACGUUAAUUAUGGUGAUACGACACAGAUCAAUAACUCUUGUGUGCUGAAGGGAGGACUCUGUUGGCUGUAUGAGGGAAAUAGCUCUGGCAAGGAGCCGACCAAGGUUGGGAGCGGUCCGUCAGGGACUGCAUGUGCCACGCAGGCGGUGCAGACGUCUGGUUGCUGA